GGAAUAUCAGGUAAUUCAAAAGUCUGGCUUUCAGUGUUCCAGUCUUGCGCAAACGAUAGGCUCAUUAGGCAUCUUUUGCCUUCGAUGCAGUGAGGCCCGCCGCCAACACAGCCCGAGACGCAGCACAACAAGCAAUGUGAUUCGUUGUGUUCAAAUGUCGGCCGUCCUCGUUGGCCAAAGUGAGGCUUUGCGGGGCCGUUGACCAGGUCGCACAAAGCGGAAUACAGCAAGUGGCAUCAUGGACCUAUGAAAACAGGCAUGCUAUCCGUGUGCAAACAGAAGGGUAUGCCUCCGGGUUUGAGAAGGAAGGAGGACGACGGGGCUUUUGAUAUCUUAGGGUAACCCCUUGAACAUGACUGUUAUCUUUUCUCCCAAAGUUCUGCACACAACUCUAUCCAUCCUCUUCAUCCCACCUUUGUUGAAUCAACCAUGGCGUCAACCGACAACUCAGUAAGAGCCAAUCGCCUGCGCACGCUCUUUCGAGAGACCGUUGCUGGGACUCGACCUAUCAGGACUCCCCAGAGUGCCCAGCUAUUCCUCGAGGCCGUUCGAGGUCAAGAGAACCCCAGUGCUUGCGUCGAAACUAUCGUUGGGAGCACUGCCGGUGUUGACUCUAUCAGGGACUCGGUCCGAGCCGAUUUGUCGUUGCGCUUCAUGAUUGCCAGUACGCUUCCAUUCCUGCAGUACCUGUCCCAUCCUGGCAUCAAAGUUCUAGCCGACGGGCAGCUGUUGCGGCGCGUCCUUUUGGCCAUUGCGCAGCCUCCGACCGUAUGGAAUGCUCUGGUCAAGUUCUUCAAAAACCACGAGAUCCCUGAUGCCAGUCUCUGCGGCUUCGCUUGGCUGGCUCUUGAGCUUGCGCUUCUCCCACCCACCACCAACGCGAAUGUGAUUGAUGAUGUGAGGGCCAUCUCUGAAUCCAAGGGACUCCUCAAGUCAGAGGGCCAUGUGACGCGCGAGUAUGGCUACCUGAUUCAAAAGGUGUUGCGCAUUCGGGGCUCGCCUGAGGAAGGUGUUGUCGGGAAUGCGGGACCCGGAGGGCGACACGACAAUGACCUGGCCGACUUUCGAAGAAUAAGCAUCUAUCCCACGACUGACGAGUUCCUGUCGACUCAGCUCCCGUUCUACCAGACGGCGGUUGAUGUGCGCGAGACUGACCUGGAGAAGCGACCAAGUGUGCAUCUCGACAACCAGUUUCGCCUGCUGCGAGAGGACAUGCUGGCCGAGCUGAGGGAAGACCUGCAGGUGGCCAUGGGCAGCAAAAAGGGCGGCAACAAUCGGAGGUCGUUCAUGCUCGGCCGACUGGAUCCUGUGGGAAUUGACGUGGGCAACUUGCAGUCGAAGGGAAAAGCCAAGCCGUGUACUCUUUUGGUCAGGUGCUUUGAAGGGUUGCACUUUCUCGAAAAGAUGAAGCCAGAGGAGCGGAAGAAGUACCUCAAGGACGAAACAAAUCUCCUCCGCCACCAAGCAUUUGGUGUUCUCUGUCGCGACAAGGAGAUCUUUGGCUUUGCUUUUGUCGACCGCGACGUCGACAACCUCGCCAAGUCACCCCCCAUCGUUUCACUGCAGUUUACCGACGAAAAUGGUCUUCGCAAUGCCAUCCUCGCUCUCACCCUGCCCAGACGCGAGUUUGUGCAGUUCAUCUUGGUCGGCACCCCAGUCUUUGCCUACGAACCCGUUCUGCUGGGCCUCCAACGAUCCGCCGACAUGCCUCUCAUGGACCUGCUGGUAAACCCCGCGCUCAUAGCAACAUCUGGCUUCAGCAUCCCCCCCAAGCUACGGCCUUUGGUGGCCCAGCUUGUCGAGGACAGUAGACAUCUCGCCGGCGAGGGCACUGUGGACCUUGAAACCCCAACCGGCACCAUCUCGAUUGACAAGUCCCAGCUGGUGGCCCUCUUGACCUCUUUGACCAAGCCUGUGAGUCUCGUGCAAGGCCCUCCAGGUACAGGAAAAUCCUUCAUCGGCGCUCAGAUUGCCCGUUGUUUGCACAAGGCGGGCUUGAGGAUUCUCGUUCUCAGCUACACAAAUCAUGCCCUGGACCAGUUCAUGGAGGAUCUUCUCGAUGUUGGAAUUCCUGACACCGCCAUGGUCCGUAUCGGCUCCAAGGCGAAGUGCACAGAUAGGACCAGCGCCCUUCUUCUUUCUGCGCAACAGGGCAGUUAUAGACGCAGCCGGGAUGGUUGGGCUAUUGUCGACGAUCUCAGGCAAAAAGCAACCAAGCUGGCCACAGAACUUCAGAAAAUGCUACAGAGUUAUUUACACUCACCAUUUCGUUGGCAGGAGAUUUCAGAAUACCUAGAGUUUUCGGAUCCAGAUGCCCACUUCUUGCAGGCUCUUCAGGUUCCCGAGGGCGAAGAUGGGUGGCGGCGGACCGGCCAAAAAGGCAAGGAAAUCGAGGAAGACUAUCUAUUCAAGCUAUGGAUGGCUGGCCAAGGCCCUGGCAUCUUCAAGAAUAACAUCCCCACCAUUUCCCGUGGAGUCUGGAAGAUGCCUCACCCGAUUCGACUGAGCCAUAUUGAGAGAUGGACCAAGGCCAUGGCUGAAGAACGACUACACACAUUGCAGGAGGUAGCACGCCAGUAUGGAGAUCUUCAGAGAGACUUGGAGAUCCAGUUCAGUCAGUCUGAUAACCAGAUCGUGCGUCAAAAAAGCAUCAUCGGUUGCACCACUACCGGCGCUGCCAAACAUAUUCGUUUGAUCCGUGCUGCUGAACCAGACGUCAUUCUGGUGGAAGAGGCCGGAGAGAUCCUUGAGAGCCACAUUCUGACGGCACUCUCACCCACCGUCAAGCAGCUUGUUCUCAUCGGUGAUCACAAGCAGCUGCGGCCCAAGAUCAACAACUAUGCAUUAUCAGUCGAGAGAGGUGACGGAUUCGACCUGAAUCGAUCUCUUUUUGAGAGGCUGAUCCUUCAAGGAGCCAGGCACGCCACUCUUCAGAAACAGCACCGCAUGAUUCCAGAGAUUUCCUGCUUCGCCCGCGAGCUCACAUACCCUGAGCUUCUCGACGGCCCCAAGGCAAGCGGCCGCGAACGCAUUCGUGGGUUGCAGAAUAGAGUUGUGUUUCUGAGCCACACGAAGCCGGAAGACAUCGACAGAGCGGUCAAGGACCGCCGCGACCCGGGUGCGAAAGAAAGCAAAAAGAACCAGUUUGAAGCCGAGAUGGUCUUACGUUGCGUCAAGUAUUUCGGACAGCAGGGCUACAGCUCCAACCAGAUCGUCGUCUUGACUCCUUAUCUGGGUCAGCUGCGUGUUUUGCGAGACGUCUUCUCCAAGAACAAGCAUGAUCUUGAAAUUAGCGAGAUGGAUAAAGCUGAGUUGAUCAGAGCCGGGUUGAUCUCAGAGGCCGCCGCCAAGGUUGACAAGAAGCCUGUCCGGAUAUCGACCAUUGACAACUACCAAGGAGAGGAAAGUGAUAUCGUAAUUGCUUCCCUCACGCGUAGCAACAGCGCUGGUGAUGUCGGUUUCAUGUCUGCCCCGGAGAGACUCAACGUUCUGAUCACACGAGCCCGCAACUGCCUUGUUCUUAUCGGAAACAUGGACACCUUCAAGCAGAGCAAAAAGGGUAGAGCGGCCUGGGCUCCUUUCUUUGAGCUUCUGAACAAGAACGGCAAUCUUUACGACGGACUUCCAGUCCAGUGCGAAAAGCACCCAUCGACUCUGGCAUUGUUGAAGGAGCCUGUUGAUUUUGACAAGUAUUGCCCCGACGGGGGGUGCACUGAGCUUUGUGAUACACUCCUCAAAUGUGGCGUUCACAAAUGUCGAUCUCGCUGCCACCGCGUUGACGACCACUCCAGGACGGAGUGCAAUCAACUCAUCAGCCGAGUUUGCUCCAGACAGCACAAGGUGAAAGUGCGAUGUGGGAGGCAGAAUGAGGGAUGUGUCAACUGCAUCAAGGAAGAUAAAGAGAUGGAACGCAAGGCCAAGAGAGAUUUGAAGCUGGAGGAAGAACGCAGAGCACGCGAGGAGGAGUACGUACGCACCUUGAAAGAGAUCCAAGACGAAAUUGAACAUCAGAGGCGCGUCAACAAGUACCACGCCGAGGAAAGGAACCGGAGUGAGACCAUUGAACAGCAAAAGGCAGACCUUGAAGCGUUGAAAAAGGCCGAAAUCAAGCUCCGUCAACAGAAUAAGCAACGUGCAGAGGCGCAAGCCCAAUCAAAGGAUACAACCACUUCCAAGAGCACCAAGAAAACGUCAGCCAAGUCUUCCGAGGAAUCGACAAGUGAGUCAAAGGCAGAAUGGGAAUUUCUGAAGCAUUCGGAGCCAGGGACUUACAGCAAGGCACUUGAUGAGCUGAUGGCCAUGAUCGGGUUGGAGGAUGUCAAGCAAGAAUUUUUGAACAUCAAGUCAAAGGUUGAUACGGCCUUGCGGCAAGAUGUAUCACUGGCCAAGGAGAGAUUCAGCUGCUCCAUGCUGGGGAACCCCGGAACUGGAAAAACCACUGUGGCCCGUCUGUACGCAGAGUUUCUCACGGAGCUUUGCGUCAUUCCGGGCAACUGUUUCGAGGAGAAGACCGGUGCAGGCCUGGCGAACAUUGGUGUUUCUGGUUGUACCAAGCUGAUUGAUGGAAUCCUCAACGCCGGCGGCGGUGUUCUUUUCAUUGACGAGGCAUACCAACUCACGUCCGGCAACAAUCCUGGUGGCGCCGCUGUUCUCGACUACCUUCUGGCUGAAGUCGAGAACCAGAGAGGCAAGAUUGUCUUUGUCCUGGCUGGUUACAGCAAGCAGAUGGAAAGCUUCUUUGCACACAACCCUGGACUGCCAAGCCGAUUCCCAGUCGAUAUGACUUUUGCCGAUUACACCGAUGAUGAACUUUUGAGAAUACUCGAGCUCAAGAUCAACCACAAGUACAACGGUGCGAUGGACUGCGCCGAUGGCCUACGUGGGCUCUACUGUCGGAUUGUGAGCCGGCGUAUCGGGCGAGGACGGGGUAAGGAAGGAUUCGGCAAUGCGCGCGCUGUUGAAAACGUGCUGGAUAUCAUCUCGAGGCGCCAAGCCAAUCGUUUACGACGUGAGAGGAAAAAAGGUGUCAAACCAAACGACCUUUUCUUCACUAAAGAAGACCUUAUCGGUCCGGAGCCUGCGGAGGCUUUGACUAAUUGCGCCGCCUGGAAAGAGCUUCAAGGGUUGAUUGGCCUUCAGUCUGUCAAGGAUGCUGUUCGCUCGCUUGUCGACAGUAUUCAACAGAACUAUGUGCGAGAACUGGAGGAGAAGCCACCUAUCGAAUACUCUCUCAACAAGGUUUUUAUGGGAAAUCCUGGCACGGGCAAGACGACUGUGGCGAAGUUGUACGGGGCUAUUUUGGUGAAACUCGGUUUGCUCUCCAAAGGCGAAGUUGUGGUAAAGAACCCGUCAGACUUUGUUGGCGGUGCUCUGGGUCAAUCAGAACAGCAGACCAAGGGAAUUUUGGCGGCAACUGUUGGAAAGGUCUUGGUCAUUGACGAAGCCUAUGGUCUUUACGGAGGAGGAGGCAGCCAAGGCUCAGUCUCGGACCCCUACAAAACCGCUGUCAUCGAUACCAUUGUGGCUGAGGUGCAGAGCGUCCCCGGCGACGACCGCUGCGUCCUGCUUCUGGGCUACAAGGAUCAGAUGGAGACAAUGUUCCAGAACGUUAACCCUGGACUGAGCCGGCGGUUUCCCAUUGCUUCUGGGUUCAACUUUGAAGACUUCUCGGACGAGGACGUUCGUAAAAUCUUUGACCUCAAGCUCAAGAAGGCGGCAUACCAAGCCACUCCCCAAGCCGUUGCUGUUGCCAUGGAGAUGAUCAAGAGGGCUCGCAAUAGACCCAACUUUGGAAAUGCUGGCGAAAUCGACAUCCUGCUCGAUGCAGCCAAGGCUCGCCACCAAAGACAUCUCAGCAAAGGCCAAGCGAAAUCGGAUAGUCUCUUCGAGGCCGUGGACUUUGAUGAGAAUUUCGACCGCGCAGACAAGUCGACUGCCAGCGUAAAGCAGUUAUUUGAGGGCACGGUUGGGUGUGAGGAGACUGUGAAGCUUCUCGAGGGAUACCAGGAAACAGUCCGCACGCUCAAGUCGCUUGAUAUGGACCCCAAGGAGAACAUCCCAUUCAACUUUCUCUUCCGAGGUCCACCUGGCACUGGCAAAACGACGACCGCGAAGAAGAUGGGCAAGGUAUUUUACGACAUGGGAUUCCUUUCAACUGCAGAAGUGGUGGAGUGCUCUGCUACUGACCUCAUCGGACAAUACGUCGGCCAGACGGGACCCAAGGUGCAACAACUCUUGGACAAGGCUCUUGGGAAGGUGCUGUUUGUGGAUGAGGCGUAUCGUCUAGCCGAGGGACAUUUUGCCAAGGAAGCCAUGGACGAAUUGGUGGAUUCCGUCACCAAGGACCGCUACGUCAAGAAGCUGAUCAUCAUUCUGGCGGGCUACGAAAAGGACAUCAACCGCUUGAUGUCCGUCAACUCGGGCCUCACCUCGCGCUUCCCAGCUGUGAUUGAUUUCCGAUCGCUGACCGCCGAUGAGUGUCUGAAACUUCUCUGCGAAUUGCUCGGAAAGCAAAGGAUGGGGCUCAAGAGCAGAGGCAAGGAUUUUGAUCUCACAUGCCUUGUUGCAGCAACGGCUACCUUCAGGCGGGAGGUCAUCGCCUACUUUACCCACCUCGCCGCACAAGACAACUGGGCCAGCGCGCGCGAUGUUCAGAGUGUGUCCAGGGCCAUUUUCAACAAGAUGUUGACAGACAAGACCGGGCUUGCCAGUGGCCGUCUGGUGCUGACCGAGGUCGUCGUGACUACCGAGCUGCGAACCAUGCUGAAUGAGCGGGCUUCUCGAAGCAACUUUGAUGCGCCAAAGAUCGACAUCCAGGAGAUACUCCGUCGAUCGCAAGCCCCGCCGCCGCAGGGACUUCCCCAUCGACCGGCUACGCGUACCACCACUGCCACGGAGAUUCAGCAGACAAAGGUUGCAGCAGAACCGGUUGUUGAGGACAAAGAAGAAGAGCCACCCACUGUUCCCGAGGUCAGCACAACGGACCCAAACAACAAAGACUCUUGGAUCAAGCGAGACGCAGGUGUCAGUGAUGCGGUUUGGGAACAGCUUCAGCGGGAUCAUCGGGCGGAGGAGGAGCGUGAGGACGAAUACAGGCAGCUGUUGGAGGCCAAGGAGAAAGCGACUGAGGAGGCGAGGGAGAGGAUUGUGGCCAGGUUGUUGGCGGAGGAAGCUAGAAGAAGGAAGGAGGAGGCAAUCAAGGAAAAGUUGAAGGCCAUGGGCGUUUGCCCUGUUGGGUACCCGUGGAUUAAGCAAGAUACAGGGUACAGGUGUGCCGGAGGGUCGCACUUCAUUGGGAAUGUUGCUUUGGGAAACGUGUGAGGUUCCGGUGUUCACGCUGUACUCUGUAUGACGCUGGCAAUUUGUGGCACAAAUAGGAACACCACUUACACCACUCAAUGGCAACAGCCACUGCUUGAUCAGGGUCGUGGAUUGAGUACAUCGUUAGGUAUUUUUAUCUACCUAUCUAAUUACGUACUCUACACAAGAGAAAUAAUAGAUAAGCUGAGAUAGGAACUCUUAUAGCUCGGAUAAAGCUAAAAUAGGAGGCUUUAUAGCCUAGCUAAAGCUAGGAUAGGAGUUUUAUCGCUUGG